CAGGUGGCAACGUUGUGGGCAGAAAAGUUGUAACUCUACAAUGGAGUCCAAUUUAUUUUUAGUUUUUCUGUUGUCAUUUUUUCUAUAUAAAAAUGCAAAAGCGGAAAUUAGUGGAUUGUUGCUGGACGAACAUCAGGAAAUAGACAUGGAAAUACCACCCCAUAUAAAUGGAAAAGAGUUUCCAGCAGUACCACAAAACUCUGUGCUAACACAUCCUAGAAUUAAGUGUUUCGCCUGCGAGCCGCCUUGUCUCGAUCCCAAUGAGCACGCCCAUACGUGUCAGAAUGCCAUACAGUGCUGGAAGUCUCGGACACGUGAUGCAGUUGGUCAGGAGAGGGUGAUUCGUGGCUGCACCACAUCGCCGGAUCAAGUGCAGUUCACUUGCCAUCAGAAUUCGCUGAAUAAGCUAAAUGGACCCACAAAACGCAACACGGAUAAAUUCGUAAAUACCGUUUGCUGUGCUACCGAUUAUUGCAACGGCGGCGAAUUCCCCGAGCUGGCGCCCUUUCACGAUGUUACCGUGAUUACCGCUGAUAGCAGCAAUAUUAGCAAAAUGACAGCUGCCAUUUUGGGACCUUUUCUGAUAAUUACACUAAUGGGCGCCGUGGCCGUAUUCUUUAUGCGUCGCAGUCAUCGCAAGCGACUGGCGGCAACGCGCAUUAAACAGGAUCCCGAAUCAUAUCUGGUCAACGAUGAACUACUCCGUGCCACCAGUGCUGGGGAUAGCACACUGCGCGAGUACUUGCAGCAUUCGGUGACAUCCGGUUCCGGCAGUGGUCUGCCAUUGUUGGUGCAACGCACAUUGGCCAAGCAGGUGACACUCAUCGAGUGCAUUGGCCGGGGCAAGUACGGCGAGGUGUGGCGGGGUCACUGGCACGGCGAGAGCAUUGCCGUUAAGAUAUUCUUCAGUCGCGAUGAGGAAUCUUGGAAGCGCGAAACGGAAAUCUACAGCACCGUCCUGCUCCGACAUGAGAACAUCCUUGGCUUCAUUGGCUCCGACAUGACUUCACGCAACUCCUGCACGCAGUUGUGGUUAAUGACACACUACUAUCCAUUGGGCUCUUUGUUUGAUCACUUGAAUCGUAAUGCUCUCAGUCACAAUGAUAUGAUUUGGAUUUGUCUGUCGAUUGCAAAUGGAUUGGUUCACCUACACACCGAGAUUUUUGGCACUGAGGGCAAACCCGCAAUGGCACAUCGGGACUUAAAGUCGAAGAAUAUAUUGGUCACAUCGAAUGGCACCUGUGUUAUAGCCGAUUUUGGCCUGGCUGUAACUCACUCACAUGUUACGGGACGUCUUGAUUUGGGCAACAAUCCGAAAGUGGGCACUAAGCGUUAUAUGGCACCCGAGGUCUUGGAUGAGAGCAUUGACAUGGAGUGUUUCGAGGCAUUGCGUCGCACGGACAUUUAUGCAUUUGGCUUGGUGCUGUGGGAGGUUUGUCGUCGCACCAUUUCGUGCGGCAUUGCUGAGGAAUACAAGGUGCCCUUUUAUGAUGUGGUGCCCAUGGAUCCGAGCUUUGAGGAUAUGCGGAAAGUGGUCUGCAUUGACAACUAUCGUCCAUCGAUACCCAAUCGCUGGAGCUCAGAUUCGCUUCUGGCCGGCAUGUCAAAGCUAAUGAAGGAGUGCUGGCAUCAAAAUCCAAAUGUGCGUCUGCCGGCGUUGCGCAUUAAAAAGACUAUACAUAAAUUAGCUUCCGCUGAUGAGAAAAUACGUUUAGACUUCGAUGAGGUUUGCGUUUAGUAGCUUUUAGUUAGACAAACUAAGUUAAUAUUAACUAGCCUAAGCGACAUUAGUUGAGGUUCAUUUUGAAUAGAAUCUAAGUUACAUAAAUUGAACUUAUAUUAUUAGUUUUGAUAUCAUUUCAUUAGUUUGUAGUUUGCAUUAUACACAGAUUUAGUUUUUGUGCCUUUAAAAUUGCCUUAAACGUAAUUUGAACUUGACUAGAAGUAUCAUCUUUAUAUGGAGCUGAAGCAACCACAUUUUCAUAGUCUAUUUUCAUUUUUCAAGUGCCAUUACAAUUAAGAAUUGUAAAACAUUUUUUACACUAAACGUAAGCUCACUUUUUACACCAACACACAAUACAACACAACUGAACAUAAACAGAGCUAUAGAGCAGCUAUAUACGAAUAUCUAUAUUUCCUUUUCUUAUCAAGCUAUGAUAUAGAGUUAUAUAUAGAAGAGAACGUAAGCAAAUGGCGACUCACACCUAAGUAGUUAAGAGCAUAUGGAUGUACAUGAAUAGUUCCCAACUAAAUAUGUAUAGAGUAUAUAUCUAUAAAUAUACAAAUACUUGACUAGUAUUCUUUGUAUAUUGUACAAAUGCGCGAUAAUUAAGCUGUAAAUGACUAAGAUAUAUACUAUCAUCAAGAAAUAAAAAUACACUUUAUAAUUGUUAAGCAUAAA